CGCAUACUCAACUGACGUCCUCUGUUUAAGCAUGUACUCAUUGGCACUACAAUGACGUCAUAUUAACAUGCAGAAGAAGAAGAAGAGGAAGAAGAAGAAACAACAGGCAAAAUUAAUUGUCAUGGAUGGAAUACAUAUGAAACACGCUGUCUGAUUUCCAUUUGGGCCGAAGAGUCAGUACAACAAAAACUGGAUGAUUCAUAUCGCAACUGGGUGACUUAUGAGGAAACACCUCAAGAAUGCUUUCAGAAAAGCCAAGGACUCAAACAAGUCCGGUAGGAACAGGAUAAGCUGUCCCUUUUGUGAGGAAUUGGACAGGGUGCUAGGAGACCAACCAUCACUCUGUCCUGGUGGUGACGUGUUGGACUCCGAGCUCAACAACCAAGAGCCUCUUUUCAAUUCCAUGAUGGAUGCCACUAUAGAUGUAGCAGUCAUGAUGGACAACAGUACGUCUGCUGAAACAGAGGGUGACGAUGGCAACAGUGAUGUAGAUACUGCUGGACCAGAUGCUGCUGCUACAUCGUCAUCAUCAUCAUUAUCAUCCCAAUCCUCCUCCUCCUCCUCCUCCUCUCCAUCAUCAUCAUCAUUAAAGUGACCAUCUACUUGUCUACAGUGUCCAGACCAGAUGGAAGACUAAAUUCGAAAUGACUUUGGAGGCCUCUUCCAAAGCCAUGUGCAACAGCAAGGAUGAAGAGGUGCUUCUGCAACGAGCACAGCAUGCCCAUGAAGAGAAACUGUUUGGGAUGCUGAUGCAGUCCAUUGCAUCUCUUUCCUCUACAAUGAAUUCUGCUCAACGCCCUCCUGGGCAGAUGCCCUCUUACCCCUGGUAUCAGCCAAUGUCACCAUCACAGUCUGUCCCCCCUGUCCAACAUCCUCACCGCAACACACAGUUGAACCCACCCGGCAGGCAAGCCACUUGGAUGCAGACGAUAGCCCUCCGUCCUUUACCCUGACCCACCUAUAAUUUUUUUUUUUGUAAGACAAUGUGUGAACAUUUGUGUGCACUACAGCUUGUAGUGAC